AACUUCUUCCUGUUCUAUUUUUAUUUUAUUUUCGUGUAUUUUUGGGAAAAACGCGAAUUAGCACUUAGCAGAGCAAGGGCGUCGAUACCAGAUGGCGCAAAUUGCAUUGAAGGUUGGCGAUAUAGGAGUGAACACAUAUAAGCGAUUUUCCGUGCCUAUCAAAUCUUCCCUUUUUUUGGCUUUGAUUAUGGCCUCGUACAAGUCGCUAUCUCUAGGGAUUGGCAUGGCUCUGGCCUUGGUCCUAUUCAGCAUGCUGUUGGCUAGAUCUGCUGCUCAAUCUGGCUGCAUCAGUGUGCUCCUGGGCAUGUCUCCAUGCCUUAACUACAUCACUCGGAGCUCCUCAACCCCAUCUUCUUCCUGCUGCUCACAGCUUGCGAGUGUUGUAAAAUCCCAGCCACAAUGCCUUUGUACAGCGCUUAAUGGUGGUGGUGCAGCAUUGGGCAUUACAAUUAACCGGACGCAUGCUCUUGCACUGCCGGGUGCUUGCAAUGUGCAAACUCCGCCCAUCAGCCGGUGCAAUGCUGCUAAAGGACCGGCAUCAUUCUCUGUGGCUUCCCCAAUUGGUUCACCGGGAGGGGUACCUGGGACCUCUUCAAAUGAACCUUCAAACUCUUCAACUAGCUCAUCAGAACCAGGAGCUGGAUCUAUAACAUUUCCAACGACAGGUGCAAGCUCUUCCAACGGUGCUGUUGUAGAAAUGCCUCUUCAACUCGUCCUUCUUUUCAUCUUCAUGGCCGCAUAUAGUUCACUUUGCUGCAGCUUCUGAGUUUUCUUUGGGAUUUCUUGGAGAGUUAUCUACUACUAUUCGCUUUACUGCCUUUAAUGUAAUAUAUAAUACAUACUUUGGUUAUCUUUCUCCAAGACUUUGGUUUGCCGUGCAGUUAAAGACCGAACCUUUAUACCUUCCGUGUAAUCCUGCUCAUUACAAUAUAUUCCAGUGUUUCUAUAGCUUUCUAUA